AUGGACAAUGCAGCUCCAAUUUUGGUCAAAGAAGAGCGUUGUAACAACCAAAUUAUAUGUUUAGACGAUUCUGAUGAUGAUUCAUCGACCACUAACUCAAAUUCUCUCGCUGAAGUGAAACAUGAAAUUGCUGUACAGACAGCCCCUGCGAAGUUGACCGAAAUUGUGGCGAUUUCGAAUGCCUGUAUCAAACAAGUCAAAGAAGAGCGUUGUAACAACCAAAUUAUAUGUUUAGACGAUUCUGAUGAAGCUUCAUCGUCCACUAACUCACAUUCUCUCGCUGAAGUGAAACAUGAAAUUGCUGUGCAGACAGCCCCUACGAAGUUGACCGAAAUUGUGGCGAUUUCGAAUGCCUGUAUCAAACAAGUCAAAGAAGAGCGUUGUAACAACCAAAUUAUAUGUUUAGACGAUUCUGAUGAUGAUUCAUCGACCACUAACUCAAAUUCACUCGCUGAAGUGAAACAUGAAACUGCUGUGCAGACAGCCCCUACGAAGUUGACCAAUGCUGGAUCAUCAGAUGAGCGAACAGACAACAUAAAUGGUGACGAAUCAGAAGACGAUAGCACCGGUAACGUUCUCCAAAAGAAACGUUCCAUUUUAUGGAUAUCAUCUGGGAAAAGAUUCGACAUCCCGAAGGAUAUAUGGCAGAAAGUGUUCGUAGAUGGUUCCUACUCCGUUGCUGCGUGGACAUACUACAAAAACAAAAUAGCCGAUAUAUUUGACUCCUUGUGGAAUUGCGUACUGAUCUUCACACACAAAAACAUCGGCAAGAGAAUAAUUUCGCUACGCGGGCACUGCAAGCAUGAGGAUGAAGAAGUGAAACAUGGUCCUCCGUUGACACGUCAAUUGCGAGGUGUUCUCCGUGACGAGUGCAAAGAACGUUUGAAACACACAAUGCCGGCCAAUCUUAGUCGGGAUCUGCUUAUAGAAAUGGAUGAUGAUCAGUACCAUAAUGGUAAUGCUAAUGUGUCAAAGUCUGAUUCAGUUAUCAUAAAAGUUAGAUCGGAGCUACUUCAAUCAAGUGACUUAGCCAAAGACGACUUUGAAGAUCUAAUGGCAUUACAACGAGCCACCAAAGAUGAUCCAUACAUACAGAAGAUGCCACUGGAAACGUUGUAA